CCAAACAUCCUGGCAUUAUUACUGAGUUCCAACAGAAGACUCUGCAUUUUGCCAGCGUCUUCACCAAACAGGACUAUGUCAUCUGCGUAUUCUAAGUCGCUUAGUGGUCCACCUGGUAGGAGAUCAAUUCCUGUAAAUUCAGUCGAAGAGAGUGUUGUUUCCAGCAACAGGUCUAUAAUGAAGUUAAACAAAAAUGGGGAUAGUGGACAGCCUUGACGGACACCACUUGAGGUUGUAAAAUCAUAUGACAGUUCGCCAUAAGCUCUCACUCGACUGAUAGUGUUCGAGUAAAGAGCCUUCACAAGGUUUAUGUACUUCUCAGGUACACCUUUCAAUGACAGACACUGCCACAGAACCUCUCGGUCUACAGAGUCAAAUGCUGCUUUCAAGUCAAGAAAAACUACCAUUGUCGGACGCCGAUAAGCGUGUCUGUGCUCUAACACUUGACGAAUGGUGAAUAUGUGGUCGAUACAGCCACGACCAGGUCUGAAGCCAGCCUGAUUUUCUCGUGUUUGCAGUUCACGAGUCUUAGUUAGGCGCCCGAUAAUUAUUGAGGCUAGUAUUUUAGAUGCUAUGUUGGUCAGACUAAUCCCUCUAUGGUUAUCGCAGGAUGAUUUUGACCCCUUUUUAUAUAUUGGGACAAUCAGUGAUUGUGACCAGUCCCCACAGUACAAAUUAACUAAGAACACUUUCUUAGAUCUACUAGAAUCUCAGCUGCUGUGUGACUGAUCUUGCUUUAUAAAUUGUCGAGUUGUAAGUACAAAAACCUAUUCAUUCAGUGUUUACUCAUCAUAAAUUUAUUAUGUGCCCUAACUUUUACAUUUCGUUAGGCCGGUCACUAGGCGUAAUGUACUUUUGUUAAUUUGUGAAGGGUGGAGUUUUAGAUUUCCAUACUUACUUCGGGUGAUUGUUAGUCAAACCAUUUAUGAUCCAUACUAUUGUUUUAAGUAAGAAUUUGAGUAUAUCCAUUCAUUUGUUUAGAUUAUUAUUGUAUCUUAUUUCUCACUUAAUACAGCACCAACGGUUGGCUAGUAUGAUGGUCUUCACACCUAUUAUGCAAACCUACACAAGAUUACAGAGUUUGGAUUUUUUCUCAUCUUUAGGGAUUGAUUAGAUUUUAAAUCUCAAACUACUCCUGUUUCGUUUUUUAGAUACAUUUCACAGUUUCUAAGAAAUGAUUCGUCUAGUUGUCAUUGAUAGACAACUACGUAUCUUGCGUCCAAAUGAAAAUUUUCCAUCAUUUUCAUGCAGUCAAUUACUAUGCAUGUUGGCUAAAUCUGUCAUUGUUAAACUCUGUAACCUUAAAAACCCUGGUUUUAUAUCUGUAUGCGAUACAACAAGCUUGUCUUCUAAAGGAUCUUUUGGUCCAUUUUCUUCCGAUGUAUCUAGCUUACAUAAUGCAAUUGAUCACAUUGAACAGACAGCUAAGGCGUUUUUCCCUAGUGAAUUGACAGCCACAUCAAUUCUUAACAUCUUGAAAGAAGCAUAUCUGUACUAUGGACCAUGGUCGAAUAUCCAAAUUUUAUUAUUUACAGAUGGAGGGUCUUCGUACUUCACUAAUUUCUCUCUCACUUAUCCAGUAGAUUUUCCCAAAAGUCUAAUUAAUGAUACUUCAAUUGUGUUCAUUAGUUUGAGUGAUAAACAGUUAUCUAACGAUCUAAUGGAGUUGUAUAAUCAAUUUCAAUUGAAAUCAAUAAUUUUCGAAGCUAGCAAAUACAUUUCAAGUGCUGAAACAUAUACUGUUGAAUUAUAUAUAGAUAACUUAGCGAAACAUAUUAUUGAACAUUGUCAACUGAAUCAAGUAAUUCCAAAUGUAAUUAUCAAUUGUGGACGUCUUCGAAGUAUGGCAGUUUUAUUACCAUCUCCAGGUGUUCAUUCAUUCACUGGAUUGAAUGAUUUGGCAAAAAAUUCACUAUGUGUGGACAUUUUCGGUUUCCUUAAUCUCAGUGAUUUAAAUAAUCCACCUGUAAAUGGACGUUUUACAGUGGUUAGUCGAACAGAUCCAUCUAAUCCUGAUCUUCUCCACUUACUUUUACGAUCAUUACAAAAUACAAAAACUGUUGCCAUGUGUAAUAUUUAUAUUGUAAUGAAUAAUCAAUCAAUUCAGUCGAAUAAUUCAAGUACAAUUUCAGUGUUAGAUCCACACAAUUCAUCUAAACGUAAUCUUCAACAACAACAACAACAGUCUGGUAAAAAUUCCCCGAAUCAUACUCUUUGGAGUCAUGGUUAUUUGCAUCAUAUUGAUAUGAAACAAUCCAUUUUAAUGUUGUCAGUAUUUGAACGAGAAUGUACUGGUUUACCUUGGCUUGGUAAUUUUAGUCAUUUAGCACCUGUUACAGAUUUUGCCGGUUCUCAACUAUACGAUGAUAAAAAUGAAACUUCACCAUUUCCUGUUCGAACACCGGAUCAUUUAAGUUACAAAAUUGAUGGUUCACGUUAUGUUUCUUGGGCAUCACAGUCAGCAAUGCUUAUGGAUAUUAAUAAAGUGCUUCGAUUAAGUCGGCGUCUACCGGAUAAAUCUGCAUUACUAUAUAAAGAAUUAAAUCGACUUCGUUUAGCAGCAACUAUUUAUGGAUGUCCAGAAUUAUUGGUACAAAUUCAUUCAAUGAUUAUGUCGAUUCAUCAACAGUCAAAUAAUAAUAAUAAUAAUAGUAAUAGUGAUAAUAUUACUAUUCUUACUGAAUCUAAUGAACAAACAAAAUCAUUACAAACUUGUUUAAAUAAUGUAACUGAUAUAUUACUUAAACAAGAAACUUAUACAAAUGAUAUUUUAUCACCGGAUAAAAAAAAACUAUUUUAAAUAAGAAUUAAAUUGUAAUUAUUUUUUUAUUGAUUUAUUUUUGUUUUAAUAAUGAUAUGUAUAUAUAUAUCUUAAUCUUCCUAUUGA